ACAUUGAUUGCACAUUCAUUUUCUCUCAGAUUAAGACACAAAAUCUGGAAACCUAACAGUUUCUGCCUCAGUUUAAUAAUGAUAAAAUUUGAAAAUUGAGAUCAUUUGGGCUAAAAUGCAGUCCUGUCCCUAGCCUUAUCAUAGUCCAACAAUAUGAAAAUAACGCUCUGUGCCGGGGGCGGGGCAGCAGUGGGUGAGUUAUGAGAACAACACAUGGGGCUUCAUUAGGAGCGAGAGCGCACCAUGCUGAAGGAGGGAGAGCUGCGUCUGGACCGCACUCAACUCCUGACACACAGGAGACGCGUGACAAGACUGUAAUAGGGUGCAUGGGAGGUUAUUUUUUAAUUUAAGUUAGUUUUCUUGACCUACACAUGAUCAACAGGCUGCAAAUAGGCUUCAAAAGACUCUGUUAAGUGGGAAUCUUUUCAUGCGCGCCUAUCCACGUCGUCAGAUGUGUCAACUGGCCGCGGAGCUGCGCGUUUUUGAUGGACUCUUCAGUCUUUACGAGGCUGAAUGUGAGUCCAUGCAAAGAUUCAACCAGUCCAGGAUAUAUAUAAAGCGCGCACAGUCGGGAUGGAUUCGUUUAACGCCAGCGGAAUGGACGCGUUCACGGUAAUCCAUCUGAAUUCCUCCUGGAGUCCGGACAGUGGAUAUUCUUUAGCGGCUAUAGCCAGCAUUGCCGCUCUUGUAAGUUUUCUAAUUCUCUUUACCGUUGUUGGGAAUAUACUGGUGGUUAUUGCGGUGUUGACAAGCAGGGCGCUGAAAGCCCCGCAGAACCUUUUUCUGGUGUCUCUGGCCACCGCGGACAUCCUGGUCGCCACUUUGGUGAUGCCGUUUUCCCUGGCGAAUGAACUUAUGGGCUACUGGUAUUUUGGAAAAGUUUGGUGCGGUAUUUAUCUGGCUUUGGAUGUUUUGUUCUGCACUUCGUCUAUUGUUCAUCUGUGCGCAAUAAGCCUGGACCGGUACUGGUCCGUUACGCAGGCUGUAGAGUACAACCUGAAGCGGACUCCCAAACGCGUCAAGUGCAUCAUCCUAAUUGUGUGGCUUAUAUCUGCUUUCAUCUCAUCUCCGCCUCUCAUAUCUAUAGACAGCAACAAUGAUAUCGGCUCUCAGCCUCAGUGCGAGCUGAAUGAUGACACUUGGUACAUCCUCUCCUCCAGCAUCGCGUCCUUCUUCGCUCCGUGCUUAAUCAUGAUCCUGGUGUACAUCAGAAUAUACCAGGUGGCCAAAACCAGAACCAGAAGUAUGUCGGGAAAAAAUCCCAGGCCAGAUGGUGUCACACAAACUGAGAAUGGACUGAGCAAAGUCACCUCCCCUUUCCAUGGCGAGAAGGAGAACGGACACUGUCAGUGCCCGCCUACGCCCAGCCAGCGCACCGUCACCAUCGGGCAACAGACCGAGGAUGCUGACAUAGAGGAGAGCUCCUCCUCGGAGGGCAAAGGUCACAAACCCCAGCAACAGGACUCUCAGAGAGCCAAGAGGGCCAGCCAAAAGAAAAGCUCCCUCUCCAAACACUCCACUCGCAUCUCCAGAGUCAGUAACAAAUCCAUGGACCUCUUCGCCUCACGGAGGAAACGUCGCCGGAGCUCCUUAGCCAGGAAAAAGGUUUCACAAGCCAGAGAAAAGAGGUUUACAUUCGUCCUGGCUGUGGUCAUGGGGGUGUUUGUUGUGUGCUGGUUCCCCUUUUUCUUUAGCUACAGCCUGUACGGUCUGUGCAGGGACUCCUGUAAGAUCCCAGACCCACUCUUUAAAUUCUUCUUCUGGAUUGGCUACUGUAACAGCUCCCUCAACCCUGCCAUCUACACCAUCUUCAACCGAGACUUCAGACGCGCCUUCCAGAAGAUCCUCUGUAAGUCGUGGAAAAAGUCCUUUUAGAUCUGACGCAGAACUGCUGCACCACCAUGACAAUCUUUAAAAGGAAAUAUCAAAGUGAAUUUAAAAAAAAAAAAAAAGAAGCCUGUUUUGUCUAUUACUGCCACUCGUCAUUCACUGUUACCUCUCAUUGUCCUGUUGUAAUUCAGUCAUGGCAGUGCACCCUCAACAACCUACUGGGUGUCUCUGCAAGCUUCAACAUGCAGUAUGUUUCCAUUACAGGCUUUCGCAAACCUGGUUAGUGAGCGCUGCCGUUCUUUUAUUCCUACUGAAGUGUGCUGUAAUGCUUUAUAGUGUAUCAUCAUUGAUCAAGCUCUUUAUACAUCUACAAAAGAUACACGCAUGGCUGGAUUUAUCUGCUAGGGGGCCCCAGGGCAAAAAUGAGCUCCUGGGCCCCCUUUUAACCCCCUCUUGUUUUUCCCCACUCUGUGUGCAAUGUGUACAAUUUUUCUAUGCUUUUUGUGCUAGAAAACAGCUUGGCCACAGAUUUGCUGUGUGGUAAUUUGAUUAAACAUAUUAAUUUAGGAAUAGGCAACACGCAGAAGCACAAAACCGAUGUAACAAAGGUUUUAAAACCUCAUUUUGACACUGGGAUGCUUUUCAGAGUGUUAACUGACUGGUUUACAUUUUGGGACAAACACAUAUUUGCUUUCUUUGCGUGAGUUAGAUUGGAAGAUUGGGAGCAAGUGGCUGGUUAGUUUAGCCUAUAAAGCAUAAAGACUCAAAACAAAGGAAAACAGCUAGCUCUCCAAAGGUAACAAAAUCCGCCUCAUGGCAACCCUAAAGCUCACUUUAUAUCUUAUAUGCCAUAUAAAAAUAAAAAAAAACAACAACAGUUUGCUGUUUUGCAGUUUUGGAUUUGCAGAUUAAACAAACUAAAUAUAAUGUGUUAAUUAGUGAAGUUUGGAGGGCUUGAUAAACGGAUUUUGUUACCCUCGAACAGAGUCAGGCUAGCUGUUUCCCUGUUUACACUCUUUAUGUUAAGCUAAGCUAAUCGCCAACUGCCUCCAGCAUCAUAGUUACUGCACAGACAUGACAUGAGAGUGGUAUCAAUCUUCUAAUCCAAUUCUCGGCAAGAAAGCAAAUAAGCGUAUUUCCCCAAAAUGUCAAACUAUCCCUUUAAGAUUAGGUAAUUAAGCAAAAUCUGACCUGACCUGACCUGACCUGACCUGACCUGACGGCCCCUUAUCAUGUCAGUUUUGUGCUUUAGUUCUGCAUAUUGGACCAGUAGACACACAGUAAGCCUGGAGCUCUUGGGGCCCCUGGAGCUCUGGGGUCUUGGGGCAGCUGUUCACUCAGCCCCAGUUGAUGAAGAGUUAGAGCAGUAGUUACCAGGCUUUUUCACUUGUUUACCCUAAAAAUUACCCUGUUUAAUAUGUCUACGAGUCAUUGGCAGUGAUUUUCCCCUUUCUGAAAUAAUUUAAAUCAUUUUGAGAAGCCUGAAAGUCUAAACACUGUCAAGUAUUUUACAAGAAAAAGGGAAUUAUUGGAGAGAACUCUGAAGAAAAUAUAAAUAAAGAAAUGACCCCUCAGAUUUAUCUUGCAACCUCAGGUAGGUAACCACUGACUUUGUGGGUGAUAUUCUGUAAAUUUGAUUUUGUCUGCUUGCCAUGAUGUUGUUGGCCAUGUCAGCUUUUAGAGCUUUUUUUGAGCGUCUCUGCUGUAAAACGGACUCUAAAGCAGUAAGAGCGAAAGGAAUAACAAACCAGCUGUGUUCUUUAAGUACCUGCAUGCUUAGAGUGUAUCCAUGCCACCAAAGUGUCAUCAUGGUAAUUCAUAACACAGCUGACAAAUGGCAAAGCACAACAGCAGACUGAAUCAUGACGGAGUCUUUGUUCUGAUCUCUGACUGCACCUUAGAGAUUUGAGACGGCACUGAGAAGGGCUGACGCUCCAGACUAUAAGCUAAAUUAUUUUUAUGGCGUGCAAAUAACGUCAUUAUUUUCACAGUGGCCACAAACUACUGAGUAUUAAAAGAUCAAGUGCAUUUAUGUUGCAUUUAUUUUUCAAGAAACUACCUCUCUGUUUAGUUUUUGUUCUUUUGUUGCCGUUUUUGGAUUUAUGAUUUGCAAAGUGCAGUACACAUCUUUCCUCUGCUUAAGCUGUCUGCUGUGGUGCAAAAAUAAAAGAUGAAGAAGUCUAA